CAAAAUCAGGAUCAAAUCAAAACAAAAACACCAACAUGUGAUUUGUGGGAUGGCCCCUCAUUUCUCAACUCAUUUGGCAUGAGUUCCCUGGCCCGUGUGUUUCGUCGACCGCUACUCCGCCCACUGGCUCACCACCAUGGUCGAGGUCUGUCCCGUCUCGAGCUUCGCCGGAGUGUCAAUUCCCGGGCCCAAGAUCUGCUCAUCUACGGCUCGGAAGUGGACGGCCUCCUGGAUCCCACCCUCAAGCGAUCCUCGGCCCGUGAAAUCCAAACGCAAGUCUUCGAAUUAAAGAAGCGGAAUGAAGAUCUAGCCCUGCUCUUGCGGCAUCGCGAGGAUGACAAUCUGUCCGUAGCCUUGCCGCAUCUCUUCGGCGGUGCGGCUUUAGUUCAACGCGGGGCUGAAGCUACACCGGUAGAGACAAUCGAGUUGGAGAGUCACGCCCUAGAUGAUACGUAUCGUCCCCUAGAACCACCUGAAGAGCAGCCACCCGUGUAUCCCUAUGAUAUUGUCCAUCAGUUGGACUUGCCGGGACGGGGGGGACGGAUCUCGGAUUCGCCCACUGUCGAUGAUGGACUGGGUCGGCGGCGGCGACGACCAGCCAGACCUGGACAAGGGGUUCCAGCCGAACCCGAUCAUGAGGUCAUCUCUGAUCUGGUCCCCCCGGAUCGGCCUGAGCCUCGCUCAACUUUAUCGGAGGAUGAAAUCUUCCGAUAUGGUACGGCGGACCCGGAGGUCCCUGCUAGUCAAGUGCCCUGUGGUGGGUGUGGUGCUCAUUUACAUUGUCAAGACCCCAAAGCCCCCGGGUUUCUACCGACGGAGAUGUUUCUGAACAAGAAGGAGUCCGAAUUGCGGCUCCUGAUUUGUCAGCGAUGUUACGUGAUUCGGGAAUAUAAUAUCGCCUUGAAGAUGAACGUGAGCCCCGAGGAUUACCCGUUGACCAUCGAGCAUGUCAAGCAUCAUCAUAACGCGUUGAUCCUCUUGAUCGUGGAUCUGACCGAUUUCCCGGGGUCGGUUUGGCCCAACAUCUUUGAGAUGAUCGGCACCAAUAAGCGGGUGUUGUUGGUGGGCAACAAGGCCGAUCUGUUGCCCCAAGACUCCUCUGACUAUCUCAAACGGGUGCAAAAGGCCAUGGACAAGGCCUUUCUCGAGAAGUGCAACUCGGGACCCGUGCAAAUCAAUCCCAGAGUAGUGUCCUCGAUUCUGGUGAGUGCGCGCACCGGGUUCAACAUGGAGAACUUGGUGUCCCGGGUUUUCAAGAGCUGGGAUGAGACCCGGAAUGUGGUGGGUGGGGAUGUGUAUCUGAUCGGGACCACGAAUGUGGGCAAAAGCUCCAUCUUUAAUGUCUUACUCGAGUCCGAUUUGUGCAAAAUCAAGGCCAUUGACAAUGUCGAAAAGGCCAUGGUCUCGCCGGUUCCUGGGACGACCUUGAACUUGCUCAAAUUCCCCUUGAUGAGACCCGAUCCUCAUCGGAUCUACAUGCGUUUCCAAAGACUCAAAAAAACACGCCACGUGUUCCGUCUGCAGGAAAUCGAACGCAUGGAAAAGCUAAGGCACACCCGAUCUCGUAAAUACAGUGGCUGUCGGGGCCCGCCCAUUGCCAACACCCUCAUACCGUAUCAACAAGACAAAUACCUACCCCUAACCGGAGGAGCUCUGGAGUUGGAAACGAGAACGCCCGAUCAGCCCAAGCUACCCAAAAGGUUAGAUCCAAUGGAUCCGGAUUUUGCCCAUGGCAAAUGGUGCUACGAUACUCCCGGAUCCGUGUCUUAUGAUCAGAUUAUUAACCUGCUCACUCAGGAGGAAAUUGGUAGGGUUUUGCCGGAUUUCCCAAUCAGACCCAGAUCGUUCAACUUGAGGUUGGGUCAAACCAUCUUUCUGGGUGGAUUGGGUCGAAUGGACCUGAUAGAAGGCCCUUUCGAAGUGCAUCCUUUACUAGUGACGGUUUUCUGCUCAGACUUUCUUCCUAUUAACAUUGUUCGGACCGAGGAUGCUGAGGAAUUCUACCGAAAGUCAUUGGGUACUGAAAUCAUGGGCGUGCCGAUGGGAAACACUUCACGCUUAAAAGAUUUUCCGCCUUUGAAAGGCCAAGAAUUCUUGGUGGACAGUGUUAGUGUUUUCGAGGCCACGUGUGACGUGGUCCUUAGCUCGGCGGGCUGGAUUAUGCCUUCCCCGAAAGUAGGGAUCAUGGCCAAAGUGAAGGCGUGGACGCCCGACGGUAAAGGGCUCUUUUUGAGGGAUCCUCCUUUCCUGCCAUAUGCCCAAAAUCUCAGGGGAAAGAGGAUCGGAGGAACACCAACCUACAGAAACGACAAGUUCUUUACGUUGACCUUGUGAUAAUUAAACACCUUCGAACGUGAAUAAAUGACUAAUUUAGAAUGGAAAUAUGUAUAAUCCGGCCAGCAAGGCUGUUGUGUGAUAUCCUUUCUGUCUGGAAAAUGGACAAGAAGGGUUGUAAAAACUUGUCCAAUCCAGAUUUAAAAAUGAAUUCUGCAGGUCGUUUCUUGAAGACUUUGUUGAAACUGAUUAAAGAUGUCUUAUUUGAGGCCUCUUUGACAUUUGUGAAAUUUUCAUUGACUGCUCAACC